AGUUGGACCUGGUGGGCUCCAGGACAGGGAGCCCAGGCUUAGGGAGAGUCAGGAGCCUGCGGCACCACAGCGUGAAUACACCCCACCGCUUCCCUCCAGGCCCUGGCCCAAACCCCUGAAGAGCGCCAGCCCAGCCAGCGAACCCAGACCCCAGGCUUCUCCGGGAUUCCUUGAUCAGACUGACCUGAACCUCUGGGGAAGCCCAUUUUGGGGAGAAAAAACAGUUGGUUUUAACCCUUGCAGUGCAGUGCAGGCUGGCUAAGGCUGCUGUCCCCCAAGAGACUCAAGCUGAUCACCCAAGGUCCAGGGCCACCUGGGGACAGACUUCCUUUUGGGCUGCCCAGCUCAGUUUGGGGAAGGAAGGCCAAGGACCCUGGCAUGGGAGGAGGCCUUCUGGCCCUCUUCUGGACUCUGAGAGCCGCAGGAUUACGGAAUCAUCUUUUGCCGGCUGACAGGCUCCCUGGCCUCUCUUACCCCUCGUUGUGGAGAGAUGAAGAGGAUCUGUGGGCAGUGAGCACUGCGGGCAUUAUCCCCACUGGCCCCAAGACCCUCGGGAUCAGAAUGUCACUUGCAAACCCCAGAGAUUUCACUGGCACCAUUUCUGCAGACCUUAAGUGAGAACUGAACCCCCUUCUCUUUCUCCUGACACCUGGGCGCCUUUGCCCAUGCUGCUUUUCUUGGGAAGUGAUUGUUAUCUCUCACAGAUUUCCUUUGGAGGGGUGGGAAUGGUAAUGGGGGUCAAGACCCCCACUGGCACAGUAGGUGCAGAGGCUGGCACCGCCCAGAGCUGCGGACCACAGGCAGCUGGGCAGUCAUGCUGGCCUCUCAGUUCUGAGGGCCCAUCACUGCCGGGGUGCCCAUCCCUCCAUGGGGUCAUGGGACCUCAGCAAAGCCAAGCCUUUCCUGGACAAGAGCCCUGACCCUGGCCAUGUCUCCAGGCUCCUCGGGACCUAUCCAGGAGGCAUAUGUGGCCAACCUUGCCCAGCCUCGGUGUCCAUCCAAACAAUGAGACAAUGGCAGGUGCCCCUCAGGACCUGGGGCCAGUGCCAGGCACACCCACAGGGAGUCCAUGGCUGUAUUAAGGCAUUAGUGACUGAAAACUUAAAAGCAGCCAAGUGUGUGCCUAGUGGGAUGGGGGUGGUGAAGAGGUCCAGGAGCUGUAGGCUAAUGGGAAAGUGACCUUGGUGCCCUUCAAGGAUGACGCAGGGGUGGCCCAGAUGUGCCCUGGGGAGCCUUCAGGGAUGGCUGACUUCUGAAGAAGAGCCCACCUACCCUCCCACUGCCCCCACCCCAUCAUGGUUUCUCUUAAUUUUGACAUCCUAGCAGCACACUGGGCUAGAGGGCCAGAGAGGUCAUGGAGCCUGACCAUUGUCCACAGAACAGUUGAGAAAACUGAAACCCUGGAAGGAGAAGGAAUCUGUCCCCAGUGGCAGGGAAGGCUGUGCCUGAGCGGGACCAGAGCCCAGCUGCCAGCCCUCUGCGGCUGUUCCUGGGUCUGGACUCGCUGCAGAGAUGGGAGCGAAGGCUUUAGAGGUGCAGAACCUGUGUCUGUGGACAAGUGAGAAACUCUCAGAGAGCUGGGGAACAGAGAGAAUGGACAGGGUGGGUGGGCAGCUGAGCUGCAGGACAGCCACCUGCAUGAGCCAUUCCAGAGCCUUGUGUUGGUGCCUGGUGCCCUGCAGGGCAGGGAGCAGCCCUCUGGGUGGAAACGUGCUCGUUUUGCUGCUGAGGAAGGCUGGGCUUCCAUUCUAGCAGUGGGCAUCAGGCCCUGCCCACAGAAGUGACCCCAGAGGCCAGCUGUGAGGACAUAAUUUGGGAGAGCUACAAAGGCUGAAGGCAGAGGGCACCACAGAUGGCACCUCUGCCCACACCCAUGUCAGCAGGAACACAGCCACACAACACACCUUGCCACUGGCUGUCAAGUGCCCUGCUAUUGUUAGCCCGGCAUUUAAUGAGGGACUUUGACUUUCCAGUUUCUGUUUGCUUGGGUGGGUGCCCACUCAAAGUCAGUGUCCUCCAGUUCCUGGAGGCGACAAGCCCCAGAGUUGACUAAGCCAGGUCUUUGCUAGGAGAAACACCAUUAGAGAUUUCCCUUCGAUUCGACCAAAAUAUGAAUUGAAGCCUUUAGUGGAUGGACAUGACAAGCCCUUGACAUUCAGUGAUCUGAGUCCAGGCUGUGCGUUCCAGCUCCGCUCUCUCCUUCCUGCUGGUCUGUCUCCAGGUCACCUCCCUCUUCUGCACUCUGACCACUAAACCAUUGGAGAAGACGGACGUCUCCAAGAUUUGAAAUAGGAUUAACUCUGAGCAGUGCAGCACAAACACAUUAAAAGUGUCUUGGUUCAGGAACCUCGUGACUAGGGGUUAUCUGCACAGAAGCAGAACGAAACAGCCCGGCGGCGUCCCCGCUGCGCCAGCACACGCCCAUCAGCCCUCCCUGCAGGGCAGCUCAGAGCAGCUCUGCACCACACAGGCCUAGCACCUCCCCGGCCGCCCGUGCCCCUUGACAGUUGUGGGUGAUCGGGUGGUGGAUACAGACCCAGGCCUUGGGGGCCACAGGGGAGCACAACCUGCUGAAGGCUGUGGGUGUGACUCAGACAAGAGGCAGAGAUGGGGAGAAAGCUGGACCUUUCCAAGCUCACGGAUGAAGAGGCGGAGCACAUCUGGGAGGUGGUGCAGCGGGACUUCGACCUCCGGAGGAGAGAAGACGAGAGACUAGAGGAGUUGAAGGGCAGGAUCAAGAAGGAAAGCUCCAAGAGGGAGCUGCUGGCGGACACGGCCCAUCUGAAGGACACCCACUGCGCCCGCUGCCUGCAGCCCUACCGGCUCCUGGCCAGCAGAAGGCAGUGCCUGGACUGUGGCCUUUUCACCUGCAAAAGCUGCAGCCACAGCCACCCGGAGGAGCAGGGCUGGCUCUGCGACCCUUGCCACCUGGCCAGAGUCCUGAAGAUGGGCUCACUGGAGUGGUACCACGCACACGUGAGAGCCCGCUUCAAGCGGUUCGGGAGUGCCAAAGUGAUCCGGUCCCUCUACGGGCGGCUGCAGGGAGGAGGUGGACCUGAGCCCGGCGUGGGAGAGAGGAGUGGAGACAGCGAGCAGACAGAUGAGGAUGGAGAACCCGGCCCUGAGGCCCAGGCGCAGCCCCUUGGCCACAGAAAAAAGCGCCUCCUCUCCUUCCGUGAUGCGGACUUUGAGGAAGACUUGGACCCUGCCUCCCAGGCCUGCUGUCAGCCCCCGAGCCCGCCCUCGGUCCCUGUGGCCACAGCAACUCUGCAGUUCCUCUCAGGAGAGCCCUGCUCCGAGGGUGCCACUUCCCAGGAGGAUGCCAUCCUGGAAGAGGCUCAUGCUAGGACCUCCAGGUGCCAUCCCCAUCCAGAGGAGCAUCCAGACAGCCCCCCACCUACUGGACAGGAUGCCCUUGCUGAACCGUGCCUGCCUGGGGACUCCUGCAAGAUGGCCCUGGGGCCUGCUACUGUGCCCGGGAUGAAGCCCAGUCGGAACAAGCAGCUGCCCUCGCUGUACCUGCCCAGCGUGGACAGUUCUGACGAAAACAGCAUCUGGGCCACCGCGGCGGCCGCCCAGCGCAGCAGAUGGAGAGGGCAGACGGCAGCCCAGAGCCAGGGUCCGGCUGCCGGAGCAGGCGCUGACGCCGACAGAGAGGAGGAGGCUCUGAGGAGGAAGCUGGAGGACCUGACCAGAAACAUCAGUGACCAAGGCACCUCGUCCGAGGAGGAGCAGGUCAGGGAAGAAGAGACCCAGCUGGAUGUGGCCACCCCCAGCAGGGCCCUCCCCAGGCCGGGCCCAGAGGUGUGCACAGCCACCGAUGCCCAGGAAAAGGGCCCCAGGGGCCCCGUGCAGCCCAGCUGGACGACGGAUGAGGAGCUGUCGGAGCUGGAGGACAGAGUGGCCACGACAGCUGCCCAAGUUCAGCAUACUGAGAGUGAGGUGUCAGACAUCGAGGCCAGGAUCGCAGCCCUGAGGGCCGCGGGGCUCACGGUGAAACCCUCGGGAAAGCCCCGGAGGAGGUCGAACCUGCCGAUAUUUCUUCCUCGAGUUGCUGGGAAACUUGGCAGGAGUCCAAAGGACCCGAGUGCAGACCCUGGGAACAAGGGCAAGGUGACAGGGGCGCCCUGCCUUCCCAGGAGGGGCUAUUCCCUCAGAUCUCCAGGCAAGGACGAUGAGUCUUUUGAUCGGAAAUCCACGUACCGCGGCUCUCUGACACAGAGAAACCCCAACGGGAGGAAAGGCACGGCCAACCACCUCUUCGCGAAACCUGUGAUGGCCCACCAGCCCUGACAGGAAGGGCCCUGGGCCCAGGACAGAGCAGCAAGGCAAGCCCAUUGGGCCUCCACACAGCCGCUGUGUCCUCCACGGGCUCUGGGCUUCCCGCUGUACACAGUCCCACCCGCAGAGAGAAAUGAGAAGAAACAUGGGUCAAGGCGGCUUCUGACCUGUGAUUCACAGCAGAGAGGAUGUGACUGUCCUCCAGGACAAGGCCGUCAACCUGGAAGAACACCCGGAAGCCCUUUUCCACGCAACCCUGUCCGUUUCCCUCUUGGCUUAUGGUACUGCUUUCAUGAACGGAGCAGGGGACAGGCCAUCCCGUGAGGGCCACGGCCAGACGUGUGUUCCUGAGUGCAUGGGAGCAAGGGCAGAGGGCACGUGUCUGCACGGGUGCCUGGAAACAGGCGUCAGGAUAAGGGACCGAAUGCCACCCACUGAAUGUCGCGGUGUCCCCCACCCACAGGCCCGUCUGCAGUUCUCUGUGGUCCACAGACAGAAGCCAUUAGACUGCUCGCCACAGGAUGCUGUCCUGAAGUUGCUGCCCUCAGGCAUCACCCCGGGGCUUUGGGGGACUUCCCUUUCUAGACAACUCACCCUUCAAACCCAGCUUCCUACUCACAACGUGAGCCUUGUCAGUUUUCUCAAGAACUCAGAUUUCAGCAACAUCUACAUCAGAAAUGGCCUGUGCUAACAGUGUCCCUUGCACCUGGCCAUUCCACCACUACAGCUGGCCAGGGUCAGGUGCCCAGUUUCUUUGUCCCCAUCAGGUGGUACAGCACCCUUCUAGGGGCCCAGAAGAACCCCAUGUUUAGGACACACAUGAGCCAAAGCCAUGAACACCGGUUUCCUCCAGAAACAAGGGUGCUCGGUCCACUCAGAAACAUGCUCAUGGAGCCCACGUCCACUUGCUGUGGCCACCAUGACAGAGCACCUCAUGCUGGGCAGAGUAUAAUCAGUUGUUCUCUAGGUCAGGAGGCCGGAAGUCCCGCCACAGUGUGAGCGGGGUUGGCUCCCCCCCCCAAGUUCUCAGCAUAAUCGGUUCUGGCUUCUUCCGACUUCUGGGGGUCCCAGCUGGGCCGCAGCCCUCAGCCUCACCUCCACCCUCACGCCCCCUUUUCCUGUAUCUGUCUGUCCACCCCCUUCUUAUAAGGCCACCAGUCCUGGGGUGUAGGGCCCACCUUAAUCCAGUAUGCCUUCCUUAACGAGUUGCAUUUGCAAAGACCCUAUUUCCACAUAAGGUCAUAUCCUGAGGUCCCACGUGAACACCAACUGGAGGGGGUGACCUCUGCAGGGCACCAUUAUUGCCACACAUGUACCACAAGGAGGGCGAAAGCUCAAAGAUCUCAAGGCUGAGCACCGCGCUGGGAGGAGAACCUGAAGAACGGGGCCGGGGCCCCUCCCGGAGCCCCUCCAACCUGGGGCUUUGCAUUGCAAGGAACCCAAGUGAAAUAGUGGGUGGAGGCACAGAGCUUCCUCCAGCCUCUGGAAGCUCAGGGGCCUGGCCAUGCCCUCACAUGCCCUCCACCCUCGCUGUGGCCUCUCUUCCCUCUUGACUGGCAGCCACUCCUCAGACUUGCAGCAGGUGCCCCCGGCUCUUCGGUCCCAGCUCUCUGCGAGUGCCCCAGCCCUGCAGCCACAGCCCCCUGUUCCAGACACCCUAGAGAAUGCACAGGGCCAGCUUCGUCCUUGGUGUGGCCAACCUAGAGGUGGCUGAUGCCAGAUGAAGGGACUCUGCUGGGCCCAGCAGGGGCAGCAGGCUGUGUUGGCCUACUUGGGUGUUCUGAUGACCCCACAUUUAGUUCUGCUCUUCUCCCAUUUCACAAAAGGGGUUUCAGAAGCAGGAGUAUGGGCCCUCCGUGGGGCAUGAGGUCCUGCCAGGUAGUACACACACCUGUUACGAAGAACUUGCCAGCAAGAGAUGCGCCCAGGGGCCAUAUCCAGCUCUCAGUCCUGCCACGCCACUCCCUUGUACACUGCCCCUGAGACCAGAGGCCACAGUACUGGUACAACGUCUCCCUGGUCCAUUGCACAGGAAGCUCGCCCACCCCUAACUGAGGUGCAAUGAAACCUUAAAGGUGGUGGGAGAGUCACCCAAACCAGCCAAGGAAGGCGCUGCAGGGGCUCUGGAGGGUCUGUCCUCUGCAAGGCCGCCUUGCCCUCUGGCCCCACAGUCCUGCCCCCAGGGCUCCUCCCUUGCCUCCCGCAUUCCUCCUCUGGGUCCUUCACAGAUCCUCUCCCUCUGUCCCCGUCCUCUCCUCACCUGCGUCCAGGCUGUCCAAGUCCAUGGCCGAGACCUCAGUAAAGAGCUUUAGACCCACAGGGUGGCCCACAGCUGUCCCUCAGGCCCCAAACACCUGACCUCAACUGGGGCAUCAUGACCGUGUCCCCCAAGCUCCCUCAGCCCCCUGGCUCUGGGUCCAGAAACCCCUGACCCAGGACCUCACCACCCUCCCAUCCCCUCCCUUCUGCCCCAAGCCCUGCCUGUGUGUCUCCCUGUGGGGACUUCCUGCCUCCCCUCGGAGUCCCUCAGAGGGCAGCUCUGCUCCUGUGUAAGGCUGGGGAAACCUGGAUCCCAAAACAGAAAUUGUGAGGAAGGAAAGUUAAAGGCAGCAAACAUAUUCUAAAUAAAAUAUCAGUGAGUGAAACCCAAUGGUGUAUUUAAAACCUUAACAAGUAGUCAUUCCAGGAGAGUCAGGAGUUUUUAAUGUCAGGAAAAAAUCUAUUAUUGUAGUAACAAACUAAAUGAGAAAACCACGAAGUCCACUUCAGUCAAUAGGGAAAAGAUGCGAUUACAAACCGCAAAUUAAGACGAAGCGUGUUUUGUUCCCAGGUGCCCACAGCUCUGGGAGGGCGGUGGGGUCAUACCUCCUCCAGGAGGGAACUCACAUGCACAGGUUCAAGUUCAUAUGCACAACUCAAGAGGCCUAGAUGAAAUCCUGACCAGGCCAUGCUGACCAAGAGUACUCGGCCCUCCCUGCCCCAGAUCCAUGGCCCAGGUACAGAGGUGGGGGAAGAGCUUGCCCCUCCAGACUGCGUUCAAAGCCCUUGUGGGAUCACUUCUCCAAGAAGCUGGGUGCAGCCUGAGAUGGCUUGGCCAGGCUUGUGGCCCUGGGGCUCUGGGCAGCUACAAAGAGCAGUCACAGCUCACACCUGGCCUUUGUUCUGUGCCACUGGCUGCCUCCCAAAGCAGCAAGGUGCCACAACUCAGUGCAACUAAUCUGCUGUGCUGAACGGAGGAUUCAUACUCACACCUGCACACACUCACACACACUCUCACACCUGCACACACUCACAUACACUCUCACACCUGCACACUCACUCUCACACCUGCACACACUCACACCUGUACACACUCUCACACCUGCACACACACCUGUACACACUCUCACACCUGCACACACUCACACACACACCUGUACACACUCUCACACCUGCAUACACUCUCACACCUGCACACACUCACUCUCACACCUGCACACACUCACACUCCCAGGGUGAUGUUCGAGUCUCACUCCAGCUCCUGAAGUCUCGGUCUCCAUUGCCCCAGGUGGCCCUCAGGCUGGCACACACCCAUGGGGACCACCUACCUUCAAGACAGGUCCACACUCUACCACACGAUUCCCACCCAGGAAUUCAGGUGGAAUUUCUCAGAAGUGGAGCCCAGGCAUUAGGAAAGUUUUUAACGCUUCCCUGUGACUCCAAUCUGCAGGGGAACACUGUGACCCACCUGAUCCUUCCAGAGUCCCUUACCCCACCCAGUCCUUACCGGAUCUCUCAGGGAGCCCACCAGCCAGAAACCCCCGUGACCUGGAAUAGACAGCCAGGUCUGGAAGAAGGAGAAGGCGGGUUCCCAGAGGGCGCCAUGUUGCCCCAGAGCUGUCCCUAGAAGUGUGAAGGAGGCCCAGACAGUGGCCCAUCAAUCACCCGCCGCACAGACCCAAGAGGGGCAACCUGAUGCGUCUCCUCCAGCUCAGCUCCCUCAAGAAGACGGGAUUCAGUUGCACUCAAAAGACCUUUAACGUAAUCUACAAUUACUCAGAACACGAUGAUUUAGUUCUAAGGCCCACAUUAAAUGGCAGAAUGUCCUAUGGUUAUUGUAAGUGACAUAAAUAUGUAGAUAUUUUCACAACUGAGGAUGCCAUGGUUACAGCAUGAGGUGGGAAGAAUGAGCCCCACAUCUGUCGAACUGACAAGAAAGUGCAUGGGAGGCUCACCUGGAGAAAGAGCACCAGACCCAAAAGGGGGCGGCUUCUGUGAGGUUGUCUGUGCUUUUUCUUUUGUGUGUGUGUGUGUGUGUGCACUAAAUUUUUCCCAGUGUGUAUGAGUUGCAUUUGUAAUAAAAUAAACUUGAGUUUUGCAAUAAA